CCCAUCACUAAUUAUUACUAGUAUUAAAUAUUUAGGUGAUGCAAAAUAUUAAAAGCUGACAUAGUAUCAAAUGUUACUUUUCUAAAUUUAGUGUAGGUACUAAAUAAUAUUUUAUGUUUAAUAAUUGUAUUUUAUUGUGCUGUUAAUAGCAAAAAAUGACCGAAAGUAAGAAAGAAAUGUUAAAGUGGAAAAAACAUGAAAUCGAAAAAGACCUAGGAAAUGAUCAAUGUAAGUAUCUAAUAACUCAUUUACAUUGAAUAUUAUAAUGUAAAAUGUUAAUAGACUAAUAAUAACAGUUUUACAUUAUUUUAUAGAUAGAAACAAUCAAUUAUGGGCAGGAAAUUUCUAUUUUAUAAUUGGUGCUGAUAGUCAAUUCGGUUAUAUUUGGCCAUAUAAAAAAAGAAAUCCUUUAGACUAGAAUUUAGAAAUGGAAAAAUCCAUUAUUGCAAUUGAAAAAAUUAAUAAUUUAAAUCCAAGAUCUCAAUUUUUGGUGAUUUGUGGCGACUUGGUAGAUACAAUGUCAAAUAGUAAGUUAAAUAUAUUUUUUUUUUACAAAAAAUGUUUUUUAUAUUAUGAAAUGAAUACAUAUUUUGUCACCUAUACCAGCACUCAGCAGUGUUAUUUUUUUUUUGUAUACAUAAAAUAAACAAAGUACUUUAGUAGGUUUUAACUAAAUAUAAAACCAGAUUAUAAAUACUAAAAAACAUCCAAAACAAAAACCAGUUAGACAUAACUUAUUUUUAAACACUUUUUUUAUGCAUAUUUGUUUAGAAUAAUAGUAAUAUUAAUUUUAUUUCAUUAAGUCAAAGGUAAAAAAAGGUUAGAUAAAUUCUGUUAUAGAAUAAAAAUGUCUUCACUAAAAAUGAAGACUAGGGUACAAUUUUACAGGAUUAUGCUUUUGUGAAGAACUAUCUGUUUAGAGCUUAAUUUUUAUCAUAAGCGUAUGCCAUAUAUGAAUUUUUAAAAUCGACCCCUCACCUGUUUUUUGUCCUGAAUCUAUUCCUAUAUCUAUUUAUCCAAUUCAAGAAUUAAAACCUACAUAAAAGUAUUUUAAUACAUUUGAUAUAAUUUAUAAAUAUAAUAAUAUUAAAUUGUUAAAUGUUUUAUACAUAAUAAUUAUACUGAUUCAUUUUUAUUAUUAUUAUUUUUUUUUUUUUGAAUUGAUCCCAAGGAUGUAAUUCUUUGACUUUUACCUCUAAAAGCCAUUUUUAUAAGAAUUUUGAAAUUUUCUAAAUCCUUCUUUAAAAUAAAAACUUUUAAUGAAAUCUGGAUUGACUCCUAUAGUUUUCUGAAAAGAAUGUAACAGUAUGUGAAGUAUAUUUCUCAACAUCAUAAUACCAGUAAAUAUGCUAUAAAUUUUUAAUAUUAUACUUUAAUGUAAACAAAUCUAUACAUAUAUAGUUUUUCUUUAUAAUAUAUUUCUAAUUUCUUGCAUUCUUGAGGUUUUGGAAUAUUAAUAUACUAAUUUAAUGUAAUACUCAAUACUACUUAUAAGAAUUUUAAGUUAAAUUGCUCAAGAUUGAUUUUGAUUCUAAAUACUCGACAAAAAUAUUAUUAUCUUCUUUAAAUAAUUAGUUUCGGGACUUAUUGCACUUAAUAUCCACUAAAAAGUGCUUAAAAGAGGGGGACUUUUAAUUCUUUCUACCGUAAGUUUAAAUUUUGAAUUUAAAAAUAUAGAUAACUGUGUUGUAAGUGAUUUACCAACAACUAUUUACAAAUAGUUUAUUCAAAUUACCAAUAUUUUAAAAUCAUAAUUUUUUUGUACAAACCAUCAGAAUUUCUUUUCUUACUAGCUUUUGUCUUUCUUUUAUUAUCCUACCACAAAUGGUAUCAUUUUGAAAUCUGACGGGGAUGGUACUUGAGGGGAGUCAUUUUUUGAUUUCCUCAGUUUUUUUCAUAAUAAUAAAUGGGAAAAAACGUACAACAUUAAGGUGCAUAGGUAUGCAAUUAUUUUGCCAUAAUAAUAUGGCAUUAUUGUAUCUAUAUUGUUGACAAAGCAACACUAAUAAUAAACAUAAAUAUUAAAAUAAAUUUAAAUCUUUUUAAUUAAGUAUAAUAAAAAUAUUAAAAACAUAUUAUUUUUUAUUAUAAUACAUACAUCUACAAAUAAAAUUAAGCACGUAUUUUAUGUAAAAAUGUUUUUUCUUGCUUUUUGUGUAGCAAAUGUUUUUAAGGUUUUAUCAAAGCUUGGAUUUUGUAGAAUAUCAUUUUUCUGUAGACAAUAUCAUUAACGAUAUUAUCUUGAGAUUGCGAAGAUCUAUUUUUAUUUUUAAUUCUCGCCAACUUCGAAAAUGCUCUCUCUGCGGUACAAUUAGCAAAAAUUAAUAAUACAAUGUACAGUGUAGACAGCUGAUAGUUGUAAUCAGUAGGUAUUUGAGUUCUGAGUACCUACGAUGGUCACGUACUCACAUAAACAUUUUUUCCCAAUAAUUCUAUUUUUAAACACAGCGGUAACAAAAUAUAUUCCUAUUCCCUAUACACACAAACAUGGCCAUGGUCUUUACCUACUCAAAGAUGAACCGUUUCUAACGAAAAACGAUUCGGAACGAAGUUCAGUAGAAGCCAUAUUUUGAAAUUCCGUAAAUAAUUUUCGCAAAAAUUUGAUCGUAAAACGCUUAUGGAAAAAAAAAACUAAUACAUUAAAUUUAAAUUUGUUUUUCAGAACAGUAAAUUAAAACUCAUAAUGUACUUUUAGUAAAAAUGUUUAAAAGAUUUUCGUAAGUUAUAUAGUGUUAAUAACAAAUACCUACCAAAUAAAAAUACUUCUAAAAACACUUCUACAAAAGGCCAAUAUAAAUAGGUAUUUUGUGAAAACUACAGAUCUUUACAAUCAUUUUUAACCGAAUAACAACAAAAAAAAACCGAGCGCCUUAUUCACAAACUAGAUAAAAAUUUUCUUUCAGAAAAUAUGCUAUUCUUGAAAUGGGGACAAAGAUUUCCGGUAGAAAAAUAAUGCUAGGAGCCAUCAAUAGUGUUAGGUAGACAAUAAGUAACUAACCGUUUGUAUAAAAAACAUCUCACACAUAUCGAUGGCAAUUGUUUUAACGGUGAAAAAACAAAACGCACACAUAACAUUAUAAAAAAGCAAUAAAUCACUCCCUACGUUCCGAAUCUAAAAUAGGUAUAUCGCAUUUUGGACAGGCAAUUAUUUUUAUUGGUAAUGUAUUUAAAUCGUUAAAAUGGCUAAACAUAUAAGUAGGCGCCUAGUUAAUAUUAUAUUAACCUCUAUAUAUUCAUAUAUAUUGCGUAUUGCAUAGUUACGAUUUACCUGCGAUUAAAUUAAUGCGCAAUAUUAUAAAUUUGUGUUUACAGGUAAUAGGUAUGUUUAUUAUGAAUUGUGUGUUACAAUUACCGCGUGAAUAAUAGAUGUUCAACAGUAAUUGUCUGAUUACGUAAACUCGCCGGCGAUAAGAAUUACGUACAUUACACCUAGAUGAGAUGAAAUCUGUUGUACCUAUAACCUAAUAAGUUUUUUUAAAUUUUGAUUGCUUAGAAUAAAAAUAAUUAAACAAGAAUAUUGGUGGUUUUUUUGUGCGCAUAUUUGCAUAGAUAAUG